AUGAUAAUAUUUGACGACGAAUUCGAAUUCGAAAUCCCCAAACCUGGUAAGCGUCUUAAUUCGGGUUUUUGCUCUAAACCCGACCCGAAUCGGGAUGUGGGUUUAAAUGGGUCUGCGUCGAAAUUGGAAGAGUCUUACGAGUUUGUGAGAAUCGAAGAAGACGAUGGAGAUUGGGUUCCGUUGUCUUAUAAUAAACCAAAGCAACCUCUAUGGAAGCAUUUGUCUGAAGAAUCGUUUCUGUCUGAUUUAGAUCCCAGCAUUGUCUCUUCUUACAAGAAAGCUUUGUCUUCUAAACAAUUAAGUAACAACAACACUCUUAGACCUACAAAAUCCCUCUCUUGUAGCCCUUCAUCGAAUCCAAAUCCGUCCAUCUUAAUCAGCGAAGCACCAAAGUCUGUAUCCUCUAGUCAACUGAUUCCAUCACAGGUUGUUAAACCGAGAACAGAAGACAAGAUUGUGCUCUACUUCACAUCCCUCCGAGGUAUUCGGAAGACAUACGAGGAUUGCUGUUGUGUUAGAUCGAUCUUGAGAGGGCUUCAAGUGACGGUAGACGAGCGUGACAUCUCCAUGGAUUCCAAAUACAGGAAAGAGCUUAAAAGUGUGCUUGGCGGAGGAGAGAAACCGGUUUGUUUGCCUCAGGUGUUUAUCGGAGAAAUUCACAUUGGUGGGAUAGAGGAGAUUAUGGAGCUUAACGAUGGUGGGGAAUUAGCAGAGAUGUUGAAAGGUUUCCCUGCUUGUGAACGCUUGGGGACAUGCAGGAGCUGUGGGGAUGCAAGGUUUGUGCCUUGUACUAACUGUGAUGGUAGCACCAAAGUGUUUGAAGAAGAAGAUGAACGGUUCAAGCGAUGUCCUAAAUGCAAUGAGAAUGGAUUGGUGCGUUGUCGUGGGUGUUGUGUUUGAUCAAGAAGCUAGCUGUGUGGGAUUUUUAGAUUUGAUUGAUGAUGCGAAUUUUAUCAAGAGAAGAAGAGAAAAGAGUUGAUGAAUCUUGUUGACUAAAAGAUGAUAAUAUUUGGUUAGUAGUGUAUAUUGAAAAUAAGUAAGUGGCCUUUGAUUAUUAUUACUACUCUCUUAUGAGUUGUGUUCUUUUGUUCCAUAUACUGGUAUGUUCUUGCUCUUCAUGCUUUUUUUAACAUUAUGAACUAAAUGAUAAUUACUGCUAUAUUUAUAAGUACAUAAUUACAUGAUUAUUAGUAA